AUGGCUCCGUCAUCAAACAAAGUGGGAAAGGCUCUCAAGGCCAAGAAAGCAGUUGUUAAGGGAAACAAGACCAACGUUCGUAAAAAUGUUCGCACCUCGGUUCAUUUCAGACGACCAAAAACCCUCACCACUGAAAGAUCUCCAAAGUUCGCCCGUAAGUCGGCUCCAAACAGAAGCAAGCUCGAUGCUUUCAACGUCAUCAAGCACCCACACACCACCGAGAGCUCGAUGAAGAAGAUUGAGGAUCACAACACUCUCGUAUUCAUCGUUGACGAGAAGGCCAACAAAUAUCACAUCAAGAGCGCUGUUCAAUCGCUCUACAAUGUCAAAGCUGUCAAGGUUAACACCCUCAUCACUCCACUUCAGCAAAAGAAGGCAUUCGUGCGAUUGGCUUCCGACUAUGAUGCUCUUGACGUCGCCAACAAGAUCGGAUUCAUUUAA